AUGGCACAUCGAGUAAGCGUCGAUCUAGAAAUUCAGCGGAUGCUCGAUUUAAAUAUAAUUCAACUGUCGAACAGUCCGUAUAUCAAUCCGAUGGUGAUUGUAAUAAAAAAGGACGGGUCGGUACGACUCUGCUUAGACGCAAGAAAACUAAACGAGUACCUCAUCGCAGAUCAUGAAUGCAUGCAGACAACGGAGGAAAUUUUUCAAAAGUGCACUUGCAUGAAGGUUGUCUCAAGCUUCGAUCGGACCAGCAGUUUCUGGCAGAUACCUUUGAAUCCAGACUCGCGAAAAUACACCGCGUUCCUACAUAAAGGAAAUUGUUACGAAUUUGUCGUGAUACCAUUUGGCUUAAAAACUAGUAGUGCUAGCUUAAUCAGAGGACUAGAAAUAGUACUCCACGGUUUGGGGGACCACAUUGAAGAGGUCAACUUCCUCGGCCAUGUACUAACAACCGAGGGAAUACAGCCGCAAAAGGAAAAACUGCAAGCUAUUCAAGAUUUUCCAAAGCCGAAAAAUCUAAAACAAUUAAGAGGAUUUUUAGGAUUAGUGAAUUUUUACACUAAAUUCACGAGUCGACACGCUCACGAGACGACCUCUCUCCUGGAGCUGUUGAAAAAGGGAACCAAGUGGAAAUGUGAGAAGAUUCACAACGAGGCAUUCGAACGAGUGGAGCAACUAUUUCAAGAAGCCGUGUUCGCAAAUGCGAGGCUUGCGAGGUGGAUUUUGUCGAUCCAAGACUACGACCUGACCGUCGAACAUUGCGCCGGGAAGGAUAACGUGGUCGCGGACACUCUGAGUAGGCAAAUUUCUGGCCACGAGGAGAACGCACUGACCGACAAAAUCGUAAUAGCACAUAUCCUCGCAAAAGAGCCCGCACCCUCGAUUGGCGAAUACCUGAAGAACAUAAAGAAAUAUCAGGACGCAGAAUCAGGGAUAAAAUGCAUAAAACAAGCAUUACUGAAGGAACCGCAGAAUCACAACAAAAGACAUGUCGGGGGACGAAAGGUGUUCCGGAUCCUGAGAGAAGAGUUUGCACAUCCGAAAAUGGAAAAGCAUAUAAAAAUCAUAACUUCGCGAUACGACCUGUGCCAGCAAUGCAAAGUCAGUAAUCAAAGUUGUUAUGCAGUAAUGAAAAAUAUCACUCCUGAAAAACCACUUGAACUCGUCUCAAUCGAUUACUUCAGACCACUUCCACCAGCAAAAGGUGGAUACAAGCACAUUUUGGUAUCCAUCGAUGCAUUUAGUAAAUUCGUGGCCCUGUAUCCCUUAAGAGAAGCAAACGCAGCUGCGACGAUCAAAUGCAUUUUCGCGCAUUACAUACCAAAUGAUGGAAAGCCAAAAAGACUCCAAUUCGACCACGGGACACAAUUCACGUCGAAACAAUGGCUGAAGAAAUUGCAAAGGGAGGGGAUACAACCUGUAUUCUCAUCGAUGAGACAUCCCCAAGAAAAUAUCGUCGAAAGGGUUAAUCGAGAGUUGGGAAGAUUUUUCCGAACAUUAAUUUGGGAAAAACAUCAAACAUGGAUCAAUUGGCUACAAGUCAUUCAAGAUUGCAUAAACGAAGUUCAUCACGAAACAACGGAAUUCACACCGAUAGAAAUACAUUUAAACAAGAAACCGAGUAGAUUUUGGAAAAAAUGGUUAAAACAUGAAGAUAACACCGCGGAACCGACGUAUGAAACUAAAUUAAAAUUGGUCCGCGAAACACUCGAAGUAAAAGGAAAAAAACGGGCGGAGAAGUUUAAUCAAACGCACAAACUUACGAACUUCACAGUCGGAGAUAAAGUACUG